GACUAGUUGGGCGACAACCUCAGAGAGCAUAGAGCAGAGGAACAAGCGCAACGUCCAAGAGGGAAGGGCCAGCACGUCGGGGGCCUCUCUGGCCCUACCCAGGCCGUGUUCUCGAUAGUUUUCCGGAAGAAAGGGAUCUAGGAGCGAGAUGUGUGGAGCUAGCACGACGCGUCGCGCUGUGACGCUCUGGCCCGACACCGACGGCCUCUCAGUGGCUCCCGGAGGACCCGGCGGGCCGAGUGUUGGAGAGCUGAAGGUCGGAGCUGAAGUGAGACCUGACUCCUUGCUCCUACCAGCCUGCUAUGGCUUAAGACCCAGGCCCAGGGUCCCAUUGAUGUAACAGAGCAGAGGACCAGCAGAUGAAUGGACUCCUUGAAGCAGAGGAGCAGGACCAGAGGCCGGAACAGGAGCUGACCGGGAGCUGGGGCCACGGGCCUAGGAGCACCCUGGUCAGGGCUAAGACCAUGGCCCCACCCCCACCGCCACUGGCUGCCAGCACCCCGCUCCUCCAUGGCGAGUUUGGCUCCUACCCAGCCCGAGGCCCACGCUUUGCCCUCACCCUCACGUCGCAGGCCCUGCACAUACAGCGGCUGCGCCCCAAACCCGAAGCCAGGCCCCGGGGUGGCCUGGUCCCAUUGGCCGAGGUCUCAGGCUGCUGCACCCUGCGAAGCCGUAGCCCCUCAGACUCAGCGGCCUACUUCUGCAUCUACACCUACCCUCGGGGCCGGCGCGGGAGCCGGCGCAGAACCACCCGCACCUUCCGGACAGAUGGGGCUGCCACCUACGAAGAGAACCGUGCCGAGGCCCAGCGCUGGGCCACCGCCCUCACCUGUCUGCUCCGAGGACUGCCGCUGCCCGGGGAUGGGGAGAUCACCCCUGACCUGCUACCUCGGCCGCCCAGGUUGCUCCUGUUGGUCAAUCCCUUUGGGGGGCGGGGCCUGGCCUGGCAGUGGUGUAAGAACUACGUGCUUCCCAUGAUCUCUGAAGCUGGGCUGUCCUUCAACCUCAUCCAGACAGAACGACAGAACCACGCUCGGGAGCUGGUCCAGGGGCUGAGCCUGAGUGAGUGGGAUGGCAUCGUCACGGUCUCGGGAGACGGGCUGCUCCAUGAGGUGCUGAACGGACUCCUAGAUCGCCCUGACUGGGAGGAAGCUGUGAAGAUGCCUGUGGGCAUCCUCCCCUGUGGCUCGGGCAAUGCGCUGGCCGGAGCAGUGAACCAGCGCGGGGGAUUUGAGCCAGCCCUGGGCCUCGAACUGCUGCUCAACUGCUCACUGUUGCUCUGCCGGGGUGGUGGCCACCCCCUGGACCUGCUCUCCGUGACGCUGGCCUCGGGCUCCCGCUGUUUCUCCUUCCUGUCUGUGGCCUGGGGCUUCGUGUCAGAUGUGGAUAUCCAGAGCGAGCGCUUCAGGGCCUUGGGCAGUGCCCGCUUCACACUGGGCACAGUGCUGGGCCUCGCCACACUGCACACCUACCGCGGACGCCUCUCCUACCUCCCCGCCACUGUGGAACCCGCCUCGCCCACCCCUGCCCAUAGCCUGCCCCGUGCCAAGUCGGAGCUGACCCUAACCCCAGACCCAGCCCCGCCCAUGGCCCACUCACCCCUGCAUCGUUCUGUGUCUGACCUGCCCCUGCCCCUGCCCCAACCUGCCCUGGCCUCCCCUGGCUCACCAGAACCCCUGCCCAUCCUGUCCCUCAACGGUGGGGGCCCAGAGCUGGCUGGGGACUGGGGUGGGGCUGGGGAUGCUCCGCUGUCCCCGGACCCACUGCUGUCUUCACCUCCUGGCUCUCCCAAGGCAGGUCUACACUCACCCGUCGCCGAGGGGGCCCCCGUAAUUCCCCCAUCUUCUGGGCUCCCAACGCCCACCCCUGAUGCCCGGGUAGCGGCCUCCACCUGCGGCCUGCCCGACCACCUGCUGCCUCCACUGGGCACCCCACUGCCCCCAGACUGGGUGACGCUGGAGGGGGACUUUGUGCUCCUGUUGGCCAUAUCGCCCAGCCACCUAGGCGCUGACCUGGUGGCAGCUCCGCAUGCGCGCUUCGACGACGGCCUGGUGCACCUGUGCUGGGUGCGUAGCGGCAUCUCGCGGGCUGCGCUGCUACGCCUUUUCCUGGCCAUGGAGCGUGGUAGCCAAUUCAGCCUGGGCUGUCCGCAGCUGGGCUACGCCGCGGCCCGUGCCUUCCGCCUAGAGCCGCUCACGCCGCGCGGCGUGCUCACGGUGGACGGGGAGCAGGUGGAGUACGGGCCGCUACAGGCACAGAUGCACCCCGGCCUCGGUACACUGCUCACCGGCCCGCCUGGCUGCCCAGGGCGGGAGCCCUGAAACUAAACAAGUUUGGAACCCGCCGGGGGCGGGGCCUACAUUCCAAUGGGGCGGAGCCUGAGUUAGGGGUGUGGCCUGGCUGCUAGAGUUGUGGUGGCAGCCCACAAGGGAAAGGGCCCUGGCCCAGUCUCAGGAUUGCGCCCACCUUCAUGGGACCAGACGUGAUGCUGGAAAGUGGGCGUCGUCACGAGGGUAGUGCCUGAUCAAUGAGGGCGGGGCCUGGCGUCUGAUCUCGGGUCGCCCUUAAGGGGCAGGGCUCAGUCCUGAAGCUAGCCACCUGCUCCUACCCGGCCAGGAUGGCAGAGGGCGGAGCCUGUUUUACGCAUCGCCCAAUGACAGGACCUGGAAUGUACUGGCUGGGGUAGGCCUCAGUGAUUCGGCCGGUCAGGGCCCGCAGCCUCGCCCCAUCCACUCCGGUGCCUCCAUUUAGCUGGCCAAUCAGCCCAGGAGGGGCAGGUUCCCCGGGGCCGGCGCUAGGAUUUGCACUAAUGUUCCUCCCCCCGCGGGUGGGGGUGGGGAAAUUCAUAUCCCCUGUUCGCCUCAUGCGCGUCCUCCGUCCCCAAUCUAAAAAGCAAUUGAAAAGGUCUAUGCAAUAAAGGCAGUCGCUUCCUUCCUCUCA